CUUUGCCAAAACAGCAAAAAACCUCUCUCUCUCUCUCUCUCUACUGAGCCUUCCAUUCUCUUUCUUCUCUUUCUCUCUCUAGGCGACCUAUGUCUGCUCUCAAAGAGGGACUAACCCGGAGGCCAGUGGCGGCCACCAUCAAGCUAACUGUACCAGCCGGCCAAGCUCGACCAGCCCCACCAGUUGGUCCAGCUCUUGGUCAAUAUCGCCUCAAUCUGAUGGCGUUUUGCAAGGAUUUCAAUGCAAGAACCCAGAAAUACAAGCCUGAGACUCCAAUGGCUGUCUCUAUAACAGCUUACAAGGAUAAUACCUUUGAUUUCACUGUAAAAUCUCCUUCUGUUACUUGGUAUUUGAAGAAAGCAGCUGGUAUUGAAUCAGGGAGUAGCAAGCCUGGUCAUGUAGUUUCAGGAACAAUAACAUUGAAGCAUAUUUAUGAGAUUGCAAAGGUGAAGCAACAGGAUCCAUAUUGCCAAUACAAGUCUUUGGAGUCGAUUUGUAAGUCGAUUAUAGGCACUGCAAAUGCAAUGGGGCUUAAGGUUUUGAAGGAGUUAGAGUAAUGGGUUUUUCUGUUUUAGGUUGAAUGUGGUGUUAAGGGAAUUGGAAUGAGAAACUUUGUGAUGUGUUUCUGUUUAAGAAUGAAUAUGAGGAAAUGCAAAAAAAAGUUUUGUCUUUUUUAGUGUGUUUCUAAUUGCUAUUUGGAGGUUAAGAAAU